GGCUGCAUUUCAAAUCAACCAUCAACAGUUUCCUUGAUAGCUACUGAAAAUGAGCAAGUUUUACGGGAAAAUGUUUCACAGAGGUUGCCAGUCAACGCUAGCUGUCAAUGGAACAUAACGGCUCCUGUUGGCAAGGUGGUUAGAAUCAAGGUCAGAGCCAGCUUGUUGUCAGGUUCCUGUAACGAUGUGUAUAUAAAGAUCCUAGAUGGACCAAGCAAUUCAAGCAACCUGAUUACAAAGUACUGCAACGAUGGCGUUUACACGUUUGGCAGUUACUUUUUUUCUAGUGGUCGUUUUGUGUUUUUGGAGCUCAAGACAGGAACAGGCUACAAUAAUCGCUUGCGAGUGACAUAUUAUGCAGUGCCUUUUCAAAGUAAUUAUCGUACACAAUCUCUGAUUUUAAAUACUAUAAUAUGACCUGUGGUACAUCCUUAAAUCAGCUGGACAUUCUAAAAACGAGAAUUGACAAAUCAGCAUUUUUAUCAGUUGCUUAUACAGUGGAACCUCGAUUUAACCAUCCUCUAUAUAACAAAGUUCUCCGUAUUAUACUACUACAUGAAAAACCAGUGGUAUUUCAGCUUAAUUUGAAAUAACCAUCCUCUAUAUAACAAACAAAAUUGUCUCAAAUUUCACUCGCCUAGCGGCUCGUGAAAUUUCGUAUAACAAUUUUGAAAUAUCACUCGUGGUAUUUAUGCCAAACAUCACUACAAAUCAUGCUAUUACCUAUACUAAUACAACUAACGAUUUUCUUCAGCCCCGCCAAAAUUAUAAUCCAAUGUAUGGAACAGAACCUCGAUAUAACGAAGGCUCGAUUUAACAAAAUCCUCUUUAUAUAAACGAACACAAUCCAGAAACGCAAACGCAAACGCAAAUGCAAAAUAUGCGAAACAGACCAACGAGGAUAAAAUGUAUGUGUACAGUUAGUUUUAAGAAUUUUUUUUGCCUGUUCCUGUGUCUCUAGUGCCGUAGCUAUGUACAGCUCAGAACUGAGACAGUAGCUUCGUAUACAAAUGUUUAUUACAGAGGUUGUUCAGAUCCGGAAAUGCUGGACGUUGAUUCUGUUUAUCAUUAAACAUACUGAUGGGCGUUUUUGGAUUUUCCGGGGACCACCUUCCGAAGAUUUCCGAAGAUUUUUCAAAUUGUCCCGAAGACCAGACGAACGUUCCCCCCGAGAUCCGAAAACCGAAGAUGUCCGAAGAUUUCCGAAGAUUGCCGAGCACUAUAGAGGAAGACCCGAAGACGAUGAUACACCAACGGUAUUCUGCCAAUUUAAAAAAACCUGAUGUGGUUUAUUGAUAUGUUGUAAAAAAGUAUUUUUAGAGUUCAAGAGACGGUGGAGAAAUCCUUGCACCAGUUUAUAUAAAAAAAUAUCCUGGAUCCGCCCCUGAACUAUAUCCUCGAUAUAAGUAACAUUUUGCUUGAAUGUUUUCCAAACAAUUCGUUGAAUCGAGGUUUUCCAUAUGAACAAAUUUUCCCAGUCCCUUGGCACUAACAGUUAAAUCGAGGUUUCAGUGUACUACAGUCCUCCUCAUCGAUUGUCCUUAAAGUGAAUAAAGAAACACUGUAGAGGAAAAGUUGCUUUCAAUGAACAGCUAAUGAAUAGUCAGAAAUCUAACUGAUACCUGGGACUCAAUCGCCUUCAUCGCCUUACUCUUUGAUGGGCUCUUGAUCAAUGCAGACGAGCGAAAAAACCUGGCGAUCGGCAGAACCGAGCGAGCCAAAAACGGCAGAAAGAGAUGGCUUAUAAGUAACCUUCUGAAAACUACAGAGUCCACCCACAGAAAAACGCACCGUCUGUCUUGGCAAAAUGUCAAAUUGCCCGUCCUAAUCCUAAAUCCCCAAUCCCACGCGGUUUUCAAGCAACUUUUCUCGAUCUGCUUUCCGUGCUAUAUUGGAAAUUGAACACUCCACUGUACCCUUAAAGCAGUCCAUUAACCAUUGUACAUCUCUAAUUUCAGAUUGUUCCUUAAACACGACCCUGGACGCUCCGCAGUCCCCUUCAGAAAACAACUUUUCCAGCCCUUACUACCCUCUCGGCUUUCCCAUGAACAUGACCUGCGGAUGGUUCAUCAUGGCCCCAGAGAAUCAAACUAUAAAGCUUCAGCUUACAUCGCGGUUAAGCAGCUCCUACAAGUCUUCAGACAGGGUGGAGGUUUAUGAUGUCGAUGGCUCAGAAAUCAGUGCCAAUAGCCUUCGUUUGAGUAACCCACACGCCAAUACUGAUACUAUAUAUUCUAAGUUCCGUAGUCUGUACAUCCUGUUUAAAAGUGAUGGUCACCCUCAACAAAGCCUGUCAGAGAGUGGAAUAAUAGUUUUAUAUACAGCUUUUGAGACAGGUGAGAGUGAUUACCUUACAACUCAAGAACGUUUUAUCACAAAACCAUUUUCUUUCAGUUAUUUUCUUGCAUAUGAGUAGAUUCAAGAUGCAUGGCGUGAUCUUAUGCUUAGUAGUCUUUCUUCUCACACCCAGCUCUUGCACCAAAUGAGAAAAAUAAGUUAUACUUACAUUAUAUGGUCAAAUGUUGUCGAUGCCACAACUACUUGUCUUUGAUUUGUCGUAGGUUUGUUAUUGUAUAUUUUCACUUAUAUAACCUUGAAUGCUAUACGUUUUUGGGGUAGGCACAGCAAAACAGCAGGCGAAGAAAGAGUACAACUUUGUGAGGGAAACUGAGGCUUCCAAGGUCUCUGUAGCUUUUGACAAAAUCAGUUCCCGUUUCAUGCAAGAAACAGAUUUAGAAACGACAUUGCAACGUCAAAUGUUGCUCCCAGUGCUACUCAAUUUACCGCUAUCCUAUUGGUCAAACCGGUUUUUAAAUCUUCUUGCGUUGUCGUUUCUGUCUUUGCAUUGUCUACAAAGAGACAUCGCUUUUUAUAGCCAUCGUUUUUUUUCAAAUUUGUAACGAGUAUAACAAAAGAAUCUAUCUUUGCAAGAACCAAUACACUUCUGGUUGGCACAUUGAUACCGAAAGGUGACGACGUCCUUCAAAAAUCUGGGAAACUUACUGUUUUCAUUGCUAGUAUAAUCUUUAUUGUCGUUCAGUGCCCUUGUAAGAAGUAUAAGUAUCGGCAUACUCUGUAACUGUUUCCAUCGUAGUCUUUUUCCUUCCUCUCUUUUAGUGCGCACUUGUUCGUCAUCCAACUCGAAGGACCAGAACAUGAACAUCAUAUUAAAAGAUCACUCUGGUAUCAUCAAAACGCCCGGCUAUCCCUCCAACUUUCCAACGAACCUGAUUACUCAGUGCUAUUGGAAGAUAUUAGCUCCGAAGAACCACGUAGUGCGUUUGGAUUUCAUAUCAUUUCGCAUGGGGUCGUCACACUGUGUCUACAUCCAUGACAGCAUAAACAAAGAGAAUCCUGUGGAAACUUUUAAGUGCAGAUCUAAGACUUCGUUUACUUUUUACGCGAGUGGAAGAGAGGCAAGCUUAAGUGUUUAUCGUAUUCCCUACGCUGAUGGUACCAGUGGUCCAGGAUUCAUCGCAAAUUACUCGGUGACACCUUUAGGUGAGCGGGCAAGGCUCUAUCUACGUUAUCUUGCCCAGCCUUUUUUGUUUCCUAUUAAAUUCUCAUGCACCGUAAUUUUAAGGGAGUUAUUAUAACUCCAAAAAUGGAGUAAAAAUUUUAGGUACAGGAUAACCCCUUUUUGGGGGUUAUUUUAACUCCUAAUUUAACUCCGAAUUUGGGGUCAUUUUUACUCCAGAAAAAGAGUUCUUUUUACUCCCAGUCUGGAGUUAAAAUAACUCCGAAAUGGGGUUACUUUUACUCCUUACAUGGGUUGUUUUUACUCUUUUUGGAGUUUAUUUAACUCUGAGAGUGGAGUAAAAAUUUUAGGUACAGGAUAACUCCUUUUUUGUGGGUUAUUUUAACUCCUCAAUAUCGGGGGUCACUUUUACUCCUGAAAAAGAGUUCUUUUAGACUCCUUUUUGGAGUUAAAAUAACUCCCCAAAAAAUAACUCCACUCUAAGGAGUUAAAUUAGCCCCACUAGAGGAGUUAUUAUAACUCCUUGAAAAUUACUGUGUGAUCAAGCCAUGCGCAUGGUUGUUUCAUCCUGGUGAUUUCAAGAACGGACCUCUCACUGGAGCCAGGCCUGGGGGACAUUUACGUAACAGCCUAGCCUAAACUCAGAGAUCGUUUCCCGAGUUAAAUGGCACUGAGAUUUUUUUUGGUCAAGUAUACACAAAUAACUCCAGCUCAAAUUUGUCAAAUUGUAGUCCCCUUAUAACACCAGAAUAACCUACUUGACAUGCGUUUGUAAGGGAAGGAGUAGAGCAAUUAGGAGUGUGAGUACAUAAAGAACGUCUGCGCGAGAGAAGAGUUUUUUUUUCAAAGUUCGCUGCGAUUACUUUAACUAUUUAUUUAUUUAUUUGUUUAUCAUCGCUUUGCCGUACAACUUAAAUAUACACAUAAAGGCAAGGGAGCCCAAGGAAGCCAGUAAGGCUUCUGUAUAGGACCACCUUUAAAAACAUAUCACCUAAUUAAUAAAUAAAAUACUGGCAUCGUCAGGACAAUUUAACUGAACACAUACAAUUUAAGCUAUCCGUUGUAGUGUGAAUAUAGCCUAAGUCUAGUGAGCUAAUGGGCAAGAGAGGAUAAUGAGGCAGAGAGGGAAAAGCCCAGUCUGCCCAAUUAUCCUCUCUUCUCCUGGUUAAUAACUCACCUAGAUAAUGUAGAAUGGUGAUUUUACAGCACUUUCAAGGGGUUUAUGUACUUAUACUUUACGCACUCUGAUUUUAAAGGUAUCUCCUCUGGCAUUUGCUCCCUCAAAAACAACACUUCCGUGCACAUGUCUGGCGAAGGACGGAGUUUUACAACCCUAGGGUAUCCAAAAAACCCGGGAAUAGGAACUUGUGCUUGGAAUAUUACAGUACCCGUAGGAAAGUUCAUAAAGUUAACAUUUUGGGAAUUUGAAGAAUCAUGCAACCAGAACUACGCUGAUGUUUUUGAUAUCACAAACUCAGGGAGUCUACUUCUGGCGAAGAGAUUAUGCAACGAGAAAGUUCUAUUUUCCAAAGGGAACAACGUUCUUGUCAAGUAUUCAGGGGUGACUUUGGACCAGUACAGGGGAGGAUUUUUUGGCUCGUACGAGGUUGUGGACGCUGUCCCGGAAAGUUAUUCCUGCUCUGAUAGAGGGUAUAUUUCCCGCCUGAGAGCGACAAAGGGUGAACUUGCAAGCUUCGAUUAUCCAUUAAACUAUCCAAAUGACGCCGAGUGUUCUUGGACUAUUGAAGUACCAGCCGCUUAUCUCGUUCAGUUUACUUUUCACUCGUUCGACGUGGAGCAGUCUCGAGAUUGCAGAGCUGAUUAUGUGGAAAUCAAGUCUGGAAAACUGAAAUUUCAUAAAGACGCGGAAACAAUUGGCAAAUUUUGUGGCUUCUCGCUUCCUCCAUCAUUUGUAUCAAACUAUUCGAGGGUGUAUGUAGAUUUUGUGUCUGACAGCUCCGGAACAUACCCAGGAUUCCAUGCAAGCUUCAAAGCAGUUCCAAACCGUAAGUAACCGGGCUAAUACUGGACUGUAGUUAACGUGGAUAAGUACGCUUAGAUAAGGGAGUGCGUACGACGUAGCUAAUAUAUAGGAGAUAGGAGCUGGCGUUAAGCACUAGAGUUCUCUUUUAAACCUGUCUCGAGUAGAAGGGUAAUCCUCCCAGCCGAGUCAACUUAAACGAGGGUUUAAAUGAGAAAAGGGGACCCCUCUGCCUGAGACAGCAGCGGAAAAACAUCUUAGAUGGUUCUCUAAGUUAUCUUACUUUUAUAACCAAUCAGAAUACACGCAGAAGUUAGCAUAUAUGAGUGACGUUUUGUUCGUUUUAUUUUGUUUAAUUCCAGCGGCCAUGGGACCAUGCAAUGUCACAGGAGUAGACAAUGUUAUCCCGCUGACAGGUGAAACAGGAAGACUAUUCUCGCCUCUCUAUCCACAGACUUAUCCCAACGACAUGAUGUGCACAUGGAAGAUAAAUGUGCCAGAAGGACACUACGUGAGGCUUAGAAUAACAUCCUUUGACUUAGGAUUCUCUUGCAGAGGCACUGCACUGAAAAUCCAUGAUGGUCAGAGCUCAUCAGGCAACUUGCUCAAAUCUUUCUGUGGACGAACAUUUGACCGCUCAGUGUUUUCCAGCGGUCGUUAUCUUUGGGUUCGAUUCCAGUCUCUCAAGGAUGGUUAUGUGUAUGGAACUGGAUUCAAUGCCGUGUUUGAGGCAGUUACCCAAUGUAAAGCUGUGGUUUCAAUUUUAUAUGACCCUCAUUAUUCAUUCCACUUUAACAACUGCAUCGCUUAAUGGGGGAGGGUGCCAGGGAUGUCUAAGGGCUUCCACUUUUUGCAAAGCAAGCCCCUAGACAGAGUUACGCCUCCAUGGCUGGUAAAACCCGCGCCUUCCAGCCAUGAGCCCGUGCACCAACGGAACCAGGCACCUGUCACACUGAUUUAUCAGUGGAAAAAAUAAAGGGUGGGAAGGGAUAGGGGUAAAAGAAUGAUCCAAAGGCUAAAACAAGAGAGUGGCCGCCAGGAAACGCUGUACUAAGCACAUGGAGAUUGCAAGCUGACCGCGCUUGAGCCACUGCACUGACCGCUGACCGACGCCUGCGCUCCCAGUUGUUAACUGUGUUAAAUUUCAUUUAACUACAUAUAAGCCGAGUUAGUUUGUGGCAUCAAAUUUAUUCGAGUAGCAACAAUGCUAACGUUAUUUAAGGGUGUUUGACAUAGGGAGGAAGGGUGAAUGGGAUGAAUGUUGCAUCCAUAUUUUUCCUCCGUUUUGGGUCCAAACUAUUAUUUUCAUGAGUAGGUUCUUAAGAAACAGUUCUCUUCGUCUUUUCUUCGUAAAUGCUACAGCGUGAUAAAAAAAAUUGCGUUAGGUCAAAAUUGUGAAUAUGGCCCUAGUGCGCGCGCGCGUUUGUGCUUGGGUUGCGCGAUAGUGUCAAGCAUAAUAAUGAUUUCCUAAUAUUUUUUAAGUCGGUACCCACAUUGUCUUCGGUACAGUCAACUCCCUUUAUUGCGGACACUGUAGGGACCUCGACUUAGUGUCCUCUUUAGCGAGAGUCCGUAAUAGCGGAAGUUUAUUUCAGUCAAACAUCUGUGAUUUUGUUCUUGCCUGGGAUUUAUAAUUAGCUGCUGUCCGUGUCGAGCAAACCCGUAAUCCUGGGGGUGAUUUUUAGCAUCCAACCUUGUGCGCAUGCUUUUCAAUCCCGAAUCCCGAGCUAUUGAAAUCCCGGAUCCCGAAAAAAACCUAUUGGGAACCCUCUGCAAGGCGGGAGUUGACCGUAUAAAUUACGAGAUUAUAAAUUCAGUGCUUUAUUUUCAGUACCAGCUCCCUUCUCUUGUCGAAGCGACCGGCUGACCAGCUUUAAGUCGGACACUGGGACCCUUGCAAGCUACAACUAUCCACUUCCCUAUGAUGACAAGAUUGAAUGCACGUGGACCAUCAGAGUUGAUCUUGAUUACAGAAUAAGACUAUCUUUUGAUUUCUUCAAUCUGUCCCAGUCCAGUGAUUGUUCUGUAGAUUACGUGGAGGUCCGCGACGGCGUGUUUAAAACAAGUGAUCUUAUUGGAAAGUAUUGUGGAACUGAGAAACCCGAGUCAAUAACCUCAGAUUCCUGGGACAUGCGUGUCACAUUCAAGUCCAGUGGAAAAACCAGCUACCCUGGUUUUAAAGCCAGCUACAAAAGAAAAAGUAAGUAUGAACGGUUUCGUGUUACCCGGGGGGUAAGCCCAGGAGCUGGGCACUUCCGGCCGAGAGGGGUACCUUUAUCAGGCUUCUGGUAUAUAAAAGGAUAGGGAAAUUUGUCUUUUCGGUCUGAAAAAGGACCUAAAAGUGCUCACAGACGCAUUUUUUGUAUUUAAAAGGGACAUGAAAACUUCUUGGUUUAGUUUUUUUUACUCAAAUUAAAAAGAUGAUGCAGUACAGUAGUUAAACGGGAUAUAGUGUUCUUAACUAUAGGAAUGUGAAAGGGAUCUCAUUUUGUCAGUAGAAGGUGUAAGAAAAGGGCACAUUUUCUGUCACGAUGGUAUAUAAAGGAGUAAGGGUUGGACUUCGGGGUGUAGCCUCCCCGUAUAAAAUUCCGUUGAGUACUCCUCCCCCCUCCAAGUUGCUACAUAGAAAUUACGUUGAAGUGUUUAUGGGCUCAGCUCGAUUCACUGGAUUCGAUCAGCCGUUCCUCUCUUCUGGUUUACCAUAUACCUACGUGGAGUGUUGUUAAUUAGUUUGAAAUCAGAGAAACCUCGUCCGCAAGGCCUUUCCAUUGGAAAAUACAGUCGAAGCUCUGGUAAGCGACCACCUCGGAAUUCGAAAAAGUGGUCUUAACAAGAGCUAGUCGCUUGCGAGAAUGAGCUUUCGUAAGCGACCGCAUGGUAAAACAAUAGAGGUUGGUUGCUUAACGGAGAUUUAGAAGCUCAUUAAUAAUUCAUCAAGAAAAUGAAAUUAAUGUUUGAUGAGUGUCUUUAUAUCUGAUAUAGACACGGCUGAACUUAACUUCUAAUUUCAUAGACCAAAAUAACCCCAGAACUAAAUAUGAGAGCCAUUUGAGCAGUGUGCAGUUUGACUCAAGUAUUGGUUUUUAUGAAUAAGACUCUAAGUGGUCGCUUACGAGAGUUUAAAAACAAAGGAAAAGUCCAGUUGGGUAAUCCCAAAAGUGGCCGCGGUCUCUUACGGAAGCGGUCACUUAGGAGACUUUUCAUUACAAAGUUUAAGUCACAGACAGCUCAAACGGGAUUUCACAAAGGUGGUCGUAACCAGAGCUGGUCGCGUACGAGAUUGGUCGCAAGAAGAGCUUUAAGUGUAGAGAGGGGGAAAGCACAAAGGACGAAGUUGAAAUCAGGGUCAGUUUUUCCAAUAUUUUUAUAAAAAAAGCCACUGAGGUACUAUGAAAAUGCCAUCGUAAUUCGUAAUUUUAUUCAUUACAGCCCUUCAAUUAAAGUAAGGUAGAUGCUUUGUUUGCAAACAACAAUAGACCCCUAUGGGAUUCAAGUUUAUGACCCCCAUGAACCAUUUCCAGUUGGACAUCUUUGCCACGAUGAGACAAAGUGAAAAGGAGGAGAAGCUAGGAAGAGAAAUUCUCUCCUUUCUCUAUCUCUCCUUCCUAGACUGUUCAGCAGUCUAUUUUCUCCCUUAACAUACAGCUGUUUCGAGAAAGGUUGUCGGGAAAAGUGCACGCGACAAUCCUGAAAGGCAUUGUGGGUGGUUUUGAGUUCUCUUUUUUUCAAAGAAAUUUGAAAGAAUUGGCACGAAAGGCCAUGGAAAUGUGUUUGCGAGUGCUAAAGGAAAGUAACAAAAGUAGGUUCGACAGCUACAGUCGUCAGGAACGGUUUAUUGAUCAUAUCCCAUGUUACCUUUCGGGAUUGUCGCCUGCCAGGAGCCCAUAACCCGUGCACAUUUUUUCCGACAACCUUUCUCGAAAUAGCUGUAAACAGUGUGUGGGUCCGGGGCAAAAUUUUUAACGGACGAAUUUUUUACCUGUGUAACCCGUUUACACGGAACGGUAAAAGUGCUUUUACAGAUUGCAGUAUUGUUUACAUGAGUCCAUAUACACUUCUGAUCAGGACAAAAGCGUGCACGCUUUCGCGGGUCCCGUGUAAACGAAAGGCGGAACCGUGCAAGCUUUUGUUCGUUCCAAAAUUUGUUCGGACUCUCGUAAACGGGAUCUAGUGGUGCAAAAUACAUGCAAUACGAAUCACUCUGGCGUAUUUUUCCUCUCUCCUGCUUAGAGUCGACUACCGCCAUUCUGAAGAUUGUGGGGAUUGUUCUUGGUGCACUGUCUGCGUUUUGCGCGCUUGUCGCAGGAUGUUGUAAACACUGCUGUAAUUCAAACAAUAGCCGAGAUGCUCCCGUUGUUCAGGACUCAGAGAAUAUUCAUCAGAUUCCUGGAUUCAAUAAUUAUACCUCGCAGGAACAGGUAGAGACAACCAAAAUGUAG